ACCCCUCUCAACUUGGCCCCCUUUUGAAAACAUUUUAUGUUUCUUUCCUUUCGGAUUUGAUCUACAUUGCUUUCUCUUUAAAGUUUCGAGCAAGUUUCCACGUCGUCGAUUAGAAAAGUUCAUUUCCCGGCGACCCAUAUCUUUUUUUCCGGUGACUAGAAGAUCAACUGAUUGAUUUUUUUCUCCAAUGGAAACCCCUUCAUCUACAAGGAGAGCCACCAGGUCACAGACUGCCUUGAACAACAGUAUCCCUGUUUCCAAAGGAAAGAAUGAAGAGUCUGAGAAGAGUGUGUCGAAAACAAGAACAAGAAAUGGAAAGCAGCAACAAGAAAGGUCUGCUCUUAUUGAUAUAACAAAUGAUUCACCCAUCGUUGGGCUUGCGAUGGAGACACCAUCGUCGGCUAUAGCUAAGCAGAGGACUAGUAGAGUCAAGAACAUUAUGAUGACUCCUGGUUCUGGUGAGGCUUUGCUCAGGGGUCAAGUCAAGACUCUCUUGCAGAAGGUCGAGGAAGAGGCCGUGCUUUCAAAAGUUUCGUUGGAGAGCCGUCCUUUUCUUCAUCUUCAAGGCUGUGUGAAUUCCCCCAUGGGACUUCUUGCCCCUACUCCCGCAAAUACACCACAGAUCUUGAAUCUUUCUGAGGAUGGAGGCAUUAGCAACAGUGGCUUGGUUCCAAUAGUGAUGGCUCUUCCUGUUGUUGAAGAACAGUUGAGGAUAUCUGAGGUGGUGAGUGGCAUCUUUGAAGGGAAGAAGGAAGACGGGAGUCUUGAAUCCCAGAAAAGUCUGAUAACUAGGUCUUUGCUGCUGGAUUUUUCUGAGAAAUCUGAAUCCUCGGGAGCAUCAGAAUGCUCAUCUGUGGUGACUGAUCAAGGACUGAUAACAGGAGAGAGUAGUGCAAGCAAGGAGAAGCCAUCUCCUGAUGAUGACAACUCCUCUAUGUGGUCUAUCCAGGGGAAUGCAAGCACCCAUGAUGAAGAUGAGGAAACAAUUGAAGAAAUGGGAGAUGACUACCAUGAAGAAGAAGAAGAGGAAGAUGGAGGAUUGAUUGAUGAGCUCUGUGAAGGUCUAAGCAAGGUAAGCAUGGAAGAAAUGUUCACAGGAAAGCACACAAGAUUUGUGUACAACAGUGAUGAUGAAAUUGAAGGGGAAGAAGAAGAAGAGUAUGUAGAGAAUGAGGAUGCAGCUGGUAUUCUGCGCUUUCUUCCGGAAGAGCAUGAUGACUGAUAAAUAAAUUUUUUGGUUUUCAUCGGUGUGGGGUGGGAUAUGAUUCGGCUGGGCUUCAUUUUGUCAUUUUCUAGUGACGGUCUCAUCUCUAAAACAGAUGAAAAUAUGGUCUCUGUUGUUUUUUUUUGCUUUUUUUUUUGUUGGGGAAAUGAAUUUCAUUGGAAAAACAGAAGCCUGUGUAGGAUCACAAAUGAAGUGAUUGAAUAAAUCUGAUUCUUCUAUAUUA